AUGCUCGACUGGACCUCGGCGCACGUUGCCGACCCCCAGACGUCGUCCAUCCCCACCGACCUUGAAGUGUUGGAGCCCGUCUUGUUGGAGCAGACUGUCGACGACAUCGACGUCGAUUGCGCGGCAGACGUGGGGCUCCCGAGCACCGUGUCGAGUGAGCUGGACGCGAUUUGGCGCGCCGUCACGAGUCCGUCGUCGGACGUCGACGCGCAAAACGGCGUGAGCACCGAGCCGGCCGAUCCACUCGUCGCAGAGACCGGCACGUCACGUCGACGACGUGCGCCGCCGAGCGCGGCCAAAGCGCGUCUCCGCAGCUACGAGCGCCGCAGUCGGUCCAAGCGCGAGCGCACCAUGUUGACCAUGAAAGAGCAAGUUGCCGUUCUAGAGGCGCAGCUCCAGGAGCGCUGUGCGCGCGAGCCGAGCGCGCAUUUGCUCCAGCACAAGCUCAUGGCACUGGCCCUCGAGGCCACGACGCUCCGCCACGGCAACUACGAGCUGCACCGCGCGCUGGACGCCCACGAGUUCUUCCACGCCAUGUUGCAGCUCGACGCGAGGCAACGGCCGACCCAGUGCCCCCCCCAGCUCCUCAAGACGCACGCGCCGUGGCGCGGCAUCGACGAGGCCGCGUGCCUCCGCCUCCUGCGCGACUCGUGCAUCGAGAUCAGUGCGUUUUCCCGCAGUGCGGACUUUGUCUCGAGCGGCCUCGAGAUCUGUGGCUGGCGCGAAAAGCGCAAACUCGAGGGCCACAACGUCAACUUUAUGUUCCACAAGCGGUUCGCUACCGCCUGCAGCGAAGAGUUAGCGGCCCGGAGCUGGGCCAUGCGCGCCGUGCAGGACCAAGUGACGCGCUUCUUUGGCCACAGCCUCGAGGUCCACGUGGAGGUGCUCCAGCGCUUUGCCAACGACGUGGUCGUCGUGCGGCGCAAGAUCAGGCACACGCUGGACGGGUGGGAGCACCACACGAUCUAUCUGCUGUUCCGCACCAAGACGCCGGACGGCCAUCUCGUCUGCAUUCGAGACAUGAACCCCGUUGACGCGGACGAGCUGCAGUUGCUGUGGGAGUCGGGCGGCACGCCGCCGGCGCCGAACGUGAUCUGGUCAAAGGCUUUUAUCUGGUGGAAGUUUACCACGUUGGAAGCGGCAGGCCAGCCGCAGUCCAGUGGCUUUGAAGUCGAGUACGGGGGAUCACUGGGCUAUGCGACGCAGGCAGACGCUGCUUUUUGGAUGCGGGAGGUACUGGUCCUUGCGCUUCGGUGGGAAAACUUGGUCGUGGGGCCAUUGAUCACGCUGGACUAA